GCUACGCUUCCAAAAUUGUGCCGACCACGCAUUAAUCAUGUCCGAAAAAUCGAUGUUGGUUGCAAUGGCUAAGUGCAGGAUGUUGUGUUCUUAAGUCAAUUUUUGUGUAAACAACAAAUUACAUUUUCGCGUCGACUCGGCUACUCACGAACUCGGAGCUAAUUUUGAAAUAAAGCCCGCUAUACUGAAGUUGCGAUUCACAGAAGUACGCACGACGUCAAGUGGAAAAGACGCGCGCUCCUGAGUAAUAAUAUGUGGCGUCGAAGUGUGCGAGUUUUUGUUAGUUUGUUAAUUUACAUGAGAUAAAUUAUUUGAGUGGAGCGCACGUAUGGAGGUUCGAAAGAGUUUCAAGGUGAUGGUGUCAGGGUAUGGUUCCUUGUUGGUGAUCUCAAGCUUGGUGUGCAUGAGUACGGCGUCGAUUUGCGUCAGCAGACAAUACUUCAACUCGAGAUUAGCGUCAUGUGUGAAUUGUACAGAGUGCGUGGAAGGUGAUAUUGUCGUUCGUCCGUGCGAAUUCCACCGCGAUACUCUCUGUCGCCCCAUCAAAGAGCUGCUCAAGUCCAUCCAGCCGAGCAACCCCCACAGACACAAACACGUCCACAGAGGCAGACAUCCAGGUCAUGAAGGCACCAACAAUCGCUCUGAUGGAGACUUGGAAAUCACCAGCACGGAGACACCGUUUUCCAGCGCCGAGACGCUCGUCUGGGAUUGGCAAGCCAUCGCCCUCAGCUCAGCGGUCUUCGCUUGCUUUCUGUUUUUUCUAGCCAUCACGCUGUACUCGCUGCACCAGGCCAAGCAGUGGAGGCGGCUCAAGGAUACGUUCGACGCCGAUGUGGAGGAGCUUUCGGCGAAGCUGAGUUUAAUGGCAGCGUCGUCUAGCGAAAAGGGUGAAAUUCUAGAGCCUCGGAUAGGCCCAAUCACCGACGGAAACUACCUCAAUAACAGAUGUGUUUAUUUAGAACAACUGCUCAACGUGCGGAAGGACACCAAGAUUGGAUCUGAGAAAGGAGGCAACGUAUAUAUCGAAGAAACAAGCGCUUCUCCAGCCACCAGCGGAAAGACAUAGUAAACAAGGGGUGGCCCCGGCCGGAUCCCAUGCACAUGCCGGCCUGCACAGGACCGGACCGACGCCGGUUUGCGGACCAUGAAACCAAUCGGUGACUGUGUUUAUUUCUACGUUAAAUAGUCCCGCAGCUAUUUGUUUGUGUAGAUAUCGAAACGCUAUUUAUUAAAAUUAAUUUCUGUAAAAUAUUGCCAAUAAAAUGCUAUUUAUUUUAAUUAGAUUUAGUUAAAAUUAGACUUCUUGGCAUCAGAUGUAAAUAAAUCAAAGUAAAAAGUCUAGACCGAAGUAUGAAUGAACUCUUGGCAUAAGGAUUAGAUAUACCUACUACUCCGCAUCUAAAAAUAUGGACACGGAUCGGGCAUCUGGAUAUUUAUAUUUACUUCGAUAAUUCGUCAAAUUUCGGGAAAUUCGUAUCGCUUGCACGUGGAAUGUUACACGCUAACGAACACGGGCAGGUGUGUCUAAAGAACUGAAACCAAUUUCCGGUCCUUGACAAUUACUUCCUUCCUGUAUCAAACUGUUAACGUAAAAAUAUUUUCUUUUAAUUAGAAGGCAGUUCCAUAUUUUUAUUUUACUCGUAAUAAGAGGCAUCAAAUGUCUGAUUUUAGUAUUACUAAUUACGAAGUACCUUUGUUUAUAUUAUAAAUAUUUAGUAUAGGGACGGUAGUACAAACGAUUUAUUUUCUCUGUUUAUUGAUGUAGAUAUGUUGUAGUCUUAGCAGUACAAAUCCGUUUCCUUUACGAUGCUUUUGUAUAGAUUAUUUAUUGUAAUCUUGGACAAUGUUGUCAUCAGUUAAUGUGUAAGUGUAAGUAAAGUCGUCACAAAUA